AUGCUUUUGUUUUUUUCUUUGUUUUUUAAACUCUUAGGGGCACCAGAAGAUUCCGCUUUGUAUCACGACCAUCAAUUUUACGCGGUAAACAAAGGUCAAUACAGCGGAGUCGAAGGCGAAGACUUGAAUUUACCUUUAUCAUCAGAUUGGGAUUUCACCGGGAAAAAUAUCAAAGUCGGCAUUAUAGCUUCAGAAUGCAAUUCUUCAACACCUGGGCUUAAAAAUCGUAUAUCUAAUCCUUGCGCUUAUGCUUUUGAAGGCAUUUAUCGAUGUUAUGGCGGCGACGAGCCAUAUUUAUCUAACGAUAUCGGAUCAAUAAUUGCAGGCAACAAAGACACUUCAUGCACUACAGGAAUCGCGUACGAAAGCCAAUUACUUUGUUAUCCAUUUACACCAAAACGCUCUCGCAUUACAAAUACAGAAACAAUUUUGAAAAUCAUGGCAAAUUCUCUCAACGUAAAUAUUUUCUCUUUACCUCUUUUCGAGAAAUGUUAUUUAGACAGAAUUUUCGUUGAAGAGUCUUCAGAUAAAUACGAUUCCCUUCUUGGCAACGCCAUAUUACGUGGCAGAUAUGGCCUCGGCUUGAUUCCUAUCAUGACUCCAGAUACAUGCAACGGAAAAUCUAUUGAUCCAAACUACAGAAUUUUCCAGCAAUCGAGAUUCGUAAUUAAUAUUCCUGCAACAACAAAUCGCGGUGACAGGGCUUUUUACUCUCCAAAAUCUUCAAAUUUAUUAUUUAACGUCCCAUCAACAGAUUCAUCCAUUGAAACAGAUGCAGCAACAUUAUCUAACCCAGUAUACACAGAGAACUCUUUCGGUCAAUGCACAGAAUCAAGGAUAACUCGAAUGCAAGCAGCAAAUGCGAUUGCCAGCGGAUCACUAGCUCUCCUACUCCAAGCCUAUCCAACAAUAAGUUGGAGGCACCUCCAGCUAUCAAUAGCCCUAACUGCAACCGUAAACGACGCAAAUCACUCUUCAUGGGUCAAAAACAACGCAGGCAUUUACUACUCGAAUAUUUACGGGUUCGGACGGUUGAAUGUCAAGCGUGCGCUUGAAGCCAUCCAUUGCAUGAAAAACAUUCCGACAGAAUCUUAUGGCGAAUCUAAGAAUUCUUACAACAGCCCAGUCAUUCCAUCAUGUCGCGAGUCACCGCUGUGUUGCGUACAUACAAUUAAACAGAAUAUUAAGUUCAUUGAAUCGAUUUCUUUCACAUUUUCAUCAACUCAUCCAACAAUCGGAGAUAUCUGCAUAGAAAUCGAGUCACCAAUGGGCACAAGAGCUCCUAUCAACUUCCCUACAAAUACAGAACCGAAUAUUGGCUCUGGAGUCCACAAUUACACUUUUACAUGCCGUCAGUUCCUUGGUGAAAAUGCCAGAGGCAAAUGGAAUGUUUACAUAUCAGCUGCUGGUUGCAUUCCUACAGGGCGUAUCGCUAAAACCCAUCUACGAGUUUACGGAAUGAAGAAAUUUGAAUUUCCUGGUCCAUGCAAGAAGCCAAUGGACAAACCGAAGCCAAGACCAAUUCCAACCAUGUCUCCUAUCCCAACCCCUGAUGAAAACACGUCAUCACCUGAAGAAAAGACUCCAGGACCAGAAUUCAGUCCAUGCGACAAAAUAAAAGUAGAAUGGAAGAGAGAGAAAUGCUACGAAGAAGAAAAGAAGAGGAAGGAAUGGGAAGAGAAGGAAAGGGAAAAACAUAGAGAAGAAGAGAAAAAGAGAGAAGAGGAAGAGAAACACCGUAAAGAGGAAGAAGAAAAAAGAAGAAGAGAAGACGAAGAUAGAGAAAAAUGGAACUUAAAUCCGCCUGAAAAAUCAGAUAUCGAAGAUCCAGAUGACGAAAGAGAACACGGAAAUCCUGAUCGAGACCACGGAGACAGAAAUCCUGAUCGAGACCCCGGAGACAGAAAUCCUGAUAUAGACCACGGAGAAAGAGAUUUUGAAAGACCAUUCGACGAUAGAGAAAUUGUGAGAAAAUUUAACGAUAGAAAAUUUGAGAGGAAUUUCGACGAUAUGAAAAUUUUCUCGAGAAAAUACAAAGAAAUUAAAAUAAGGGAAGAAAAUAAAGCGGAAUUAAACUUUGUAGAAGAAAAAAUCGAAGAUACAGGAAGAUUUUCAAAUAUGGAAGAGAGAAGGGAUCAACCACCACCGCCACCUGAAGAAGAAAUAAUUAAUCCAUUUGAGCAAAAGUUAAGUUCAUCCAAAUACAAACAAUUACCUACAUCAGAAGAUCUCAAAUUCCAAUUCGUUCCACAAAUUUCUUCUGGAUCAGAACUUAAUCCCUCUGAAGAACUCUCUGUUUCCGCAUUAUUGUCAACCAAAGCUAAUCCUCCAAUUUCAUUCUUCUACACCAUUGGUGAUCCAGACAAAGAAGGAUCUUCAUCAUCAGGAAACAUCAACUUCCCCAACUUAACAACUUUCAACAAAUACAAGUUCUAUCCUCCCCACAACAUUCCCAAAGGAAGCCAAGUAACUUUCAUCAUCCACGCUUAUUUAUCUCCCACAGAAACAUUGGCGCAAAGAUUAGGUCCAUUCAAGAUCAAAGAGAUGACACAACAAGUGCAGCAGUACCAGAGUAUUCAGAAGAAUGUAGAGAUAAAAUGGCCAUAUUUCAUUGAGUACAAACCAGAAGUUGAUGCUUUCAUGACAAUCACUGAUUACGACACUAAAAAUGUCAUCAAAAGAGGUGUAAUUCCUAAUACAGGAUUUGUUUCAUUUACUAUUCCUGAAGAAACAAAAAUAACUAAUGGAAUAUUGACUGUUCAAUCUCUUACUACUGUUUCUGCUGAUCCAUGCGAUGUAUCAUUAAGAGCUUUCGUUGUUGGAGACAACACAAACAGGAAAAUUAAUAAGAUUAAGUUUAAUGUUUCUAGUUGUCAAAAGAUUUCCGGAUUGGAAUAUAAUGUUAAAUCUCCUUCUUCAAUGAUACAAACAAUCAUGUUCACUCCGACAUCGACACCAAACUUUGCAGAAACAUCUCCAACACAUUGUGCUCCUACAGAACCAGAAAACAACAACCAGAAUCAACAUAAAGUAAUUGUUACAAUUACAUCUCUUUGUUCAGGAUUUGUUAUUUUGGUUGUAAUUGGUGUUGUCAUAACUGUGUUCAAAGUUAGACAAAAGAAGAAAGAAGAAGAAACUAGAUAUCAUUCACCUGAUUCUGAAUCUGAUAUUGUCGCAUUGUAA